GCAGAAAAAUUAAAAAAAACUGCAUAGUACAGAUCCCAAUGCAAUCACCCCAUCUUCUCCCUCUCGCGCGCAUUUUUUACUCUAUCUCAUCUUUGUGUCGGCACUGAAAGCUCGCAAAAUCAGCAACAAUGGAAGACAUCAAAAAUGGAGGAGAGAGAAAAUCUCGUAGAACAAACCACAAGAAGCAACCUAAAUCAGACAUUGCCAAUACCUUGCGCAAGUCAUGGUAUAGAUUACGCUUAUCAGUCCGCCAUCCCGCUAGGGUUCCGACUUGGGACGCCGUCGUUUUGACGGCAGCUAGCCCUCAGCAAGCUCAGCUUUACGAAUGGCAGCUUAAUCGCGCGAAACGACUCGGUCGCAUCGCUGCCUCUACCGUCACUCUCGCUGUUCCGGAUCCUCAUGGUUACCGCAUCGGGUCUGGUGCCGCUACUCUUAAUGCUAUUUAUCAGCUCGCUCUUCAUUAUCAGAGAAUUUCCACUAAUGAUGAUCAUAUUCUGGCUCUGAAGAGAGCUGAUGGAGGUGUCAACUCUACUUCUUGUGAAAUGUUUGACGACGGAGCUCCUGUCUUGCCUCAUAUUGAUUUUUUGGCAAAAAAACAUAUACUAAUGCUGCAUGCUGGAGGUGACUCUAAAAGAGUUCCAUGGGCAAAUCCUAUGGGAAAGGUUUUCCUGCCACUUCCAUAUUUGGCAGCAGAUGACCAUGAUGGCCCAGUUCCUCUUCUGUUUGACCAUAUACUUGCAAUAUCAUCCUGUGCAAGGCAAGCUUUCAAAAAUGAAGGUGGAUUAUUCAUCAUGACGGGAGAUGUCCUUCCAUGUUUCGAUGCCUCUAUUAUGAAUCUUCCAGAGGAUGCGUCGUGCAUCAUCACAGUUCCUAUAACUCUUGACAUUGCCUCUAACCAUGGCGUUGUUGUGGCGUCUAAAAGUCCUUGUUUAGAUGCUUUUUCUCCUAUCAGUUUAGUUGAGAAUCUUCUUCAGAAACCUAGUAAGGAGGAGCUUGUCCAAAGUCAGGCUCUUCUUGAUGAUGGGAGAACACUGCUUGACACUGGUAUCAUAGCAGUCAGAGGUAAAGCAUGGGCUGAGCUCGUCAACCUUGCAUGGUCUGCCGAAUCUUUGAUUCCGCAGCUUCUGGAUAGUAAAAGAGAGAUGAGCUUGUACGAAGAUCUAGUUGCAGCUUGGGUGCCCACCAAACAUGAAUGGUUAAAGAAGCGACCAUUGGGGGUGGAACUGGUCAAUAAAUUGGGAAAACAACGAAUGUUCAGCUAUUGUGCUCAUGAAUUGCUCUUUUUGCAUUUUGGAACAUCAAGUGAAGUAUUGGAUCAUCUUAGUGGCGUUGACUCUGGACUUGUGGGACGUAGACACUUGUGCUCUAUUCCAGCAACCACUACGUCUGACAUUGCAGCGUCAGCUAUUAUUCUUUCCAGUAAAAUUGCACCAGGGGUCUCAGUUGGUGAAGAUUCUCUCGUUUAUGAUUCUUCCAUAUCUAGCGGAAUACAAAUUGGCUCACUAUCUAUUGUUAUUAGUAUCAAUGUUCCUGGCGCCUUUGAUGGGGUAGUGAAAGAUUCCGUGAGAUUUAUGCUUCCAGAUCGCCACUGCAUUUGGGAGGUACCUUUAUCUGAUUGCAAUGAUCGUGUUGUCGUGUACUGUGGCCUUCAUGAUAAUCCAAAGUCCUCAAUGUCUAAGGAUGGGACAUUUUGUGGUAGACCUUGGAAGAAGGUACUGAAUGAUUUACACAUUCAGGAAAGUGAUCUCUGGAGUUCAACAGGUAUUGGUGAAAAAUGCUUAUGGAAUGCAAGAAUAUUUCCAAUUCUGCCUUACUUUAAUAUGCUAGAGUUAGCAUCGUGGUUAAUGGGAUUGAGUGACCAGGAAAAUCAAUCCAUGCUUAAAACAUGGAAAAAUUCUCCUCGUGUGAGUUUGGAAGUGCUGCAUAGAUCCAUUGACUUCCAGAAAAUGUGCUUGGGUUCCAGUACUCAUCAAGCUGAUCUAGCUGCAGGUAUUGCAAGGGCAUGCAUUAACUAUGGAUUGUUAGGACGUAACUUGUUUCAACUGUGUGAAGAGAUACAGCAAAUGGAAAUGUCAGGGGCUGAACUUUGCAAGGAUUUGUUGGCAAUGUGUCCCAAUCUCCAGGUGCAUAAGUCGAAAAUAGUUCCUAAAAGUCGUGCAUACCAGGUAAAAGUUGAUCUUCUCCGUGCUUGUAGAGUUGAAGCACUGGCAAACGAGUUGGAGAGCAAAGUUUGGGCUGCAGUUGCUGAUGAAACUGCUUCAUCUGUAAGAUAUGGUUUUAAAGAGCAUCUUCUGGAUGCAUCGCAUGGCAUAUCGACUUCAAUACAACAAGACAACAACAAACUUGACAUUGGUGCAGAGAAGCAAAACUUGCUUCGAAGUGUGAAGGUUGAAUUACCAGUACGUGUAGACUUUGUUGGGGGUUGGAGUGAUACUCCACCAUGGAGUUUAGAGCGUGCUGGUUGCGUUCUUAACAUGGCUAUCUGUCUGGAAGGUUCUUUGCCGAUUGGCACAAUUAUAAAAACAAGGAGGACAGCUGGUGUGUUGAUCAGUGAUGAUGCUUCGAAUGAGCUCUUUGUUCAGGAUUUCGCCUCUAUUAUCCCUCCAUUUGACAUUAAUGAUUCAUUUAGGCUUGUCAAGUGCGCAUUGCUUGUCACUGGUGUUAUUCAUGACAAGAACCUUCAGUCUAUGGGCUUGGAGAUUAAAACCUGGGCCAAUGUUCCACGGGGUAGUGGCCUGGGGACGUCGAGCAUACUUGCAGCUGCUGUGGUGAAGGGACUUCUUCGAAUAAUUGAUGGGGAUGAUGGGGAUGAAAAUGUUGCUAGACUAGUAUUAGUACUGGAGCAGCUUAUGGGCACAGGGGGAGGCUGGCAGGACCAGAUCGGAGGAUUAUAUCCUGGAAUCAAAUUUACAACUAGCUUCCCUGGGAUCCCUUUGCGGCUUCAGGUCAUUCCUCUCUCGGCAUCCCCUGAGUUGAUGUUGGAAUUGCAUCAGAGAUUGCUUGUGGUAUUUACUGGUCAAGUCCGGCUUGCUCGCAAAGUAUUGCAGAAUGUGGUCACCCGCUAUCUGAGACGGGACAGCUUGCUUGUAUCCAGCAUCAAGCGUCUUGCUGAACUUGCUAAAAUAGGGAGGGAAGUUCUCAUGAAUGGAGACAUAAAUGAGUUGGGUGAUAUUUUGAUGGAGGCUUGGAGGCUGCACCAAGAACUGGACCCAUUCUGUAGCAAUGAAACUGUUGAUCGACUUUUUGAGUUUGCCGAACCUUAUUGUUGUGGCUACAAACUCGUGGGUGCUGGUGGUGGCGGGUUUGCAUUGUUGCUUGCCAAGGAUGCUGAUCGGGCUGACGAGUUGAGACAUCUGUUAUCCCAGAGCCCAGAUUAUGAUGUGAAAGUUUAUGAUUGGAAUAUCUUUUCCGGGUUCUGAUGUAUCUUGUUUAAUUAUCCUUCUGAUAUUCUUUCCUCCUUACUAAUGAGCUGCAUGCUUUUGUAUACCUUCUAAAUUAUUAGGUUUUUGUAAUCUGCACGAAAGAUGUAAAAGAUCGAGUAAAUAUGUAAAGGUCAUGUACUCAUUUGAAAACACUGGACGUACGAACUUGCUGUACUGUGCACGUCAAAUUUGAAUCCAUUCAUAUGGACUCCCUUGUAAGAA